AUGGACGGAUUGGCCUUCCAGGAAGAGAUGGGAGAGAUGGCAGGAAAGGAGAAAAGGGUGAAAAGGGCGAUGCAGGUUUGCGAGGAAAAACAGGACCACUGGGACCUAUUGGUGAGAAGGGUGAUCAAGGAGAGAGUGGAAAAAGAGGACCUAAUGGUUCACAUGGGAACAAAGGGGAAAUUGGGCCUGAUGGACCUGCUGGACCUAAGGGUGAUAAAGGCUCAAGAGGAGACCUGGGAGAACCUGGUGUGUGCAAGUGCGGAAAUAUUGUGCUUAAAUCUGCUUUUUCAGUUGGGAUCACCACCAGCUAUCCACAAGAAAGACUUCCAAUCUUAUUUAACAAAAUAA